CGUCGCUGUUCAGCUGUACAGUUCUCGAGUUUAAAAUGGGGCUUUUUGGAAAAACACAAGAAAAACCACCAAAGGACCUCAUCAAUGAAUGGUCUCUCAAAAUCAGGAAAGAGAUGAGGGUCAUUGACAGACAGAUCCGAGAUAUUCAAAGAGAAGAGGAAAAGGUGAAGAGAUCCAUCAAAGAUGCCGCAAAGAAGGGACAGAAAGAUGUUUGCAUCAUCCUGGCAAAAGAAAUGAUUCAGUCAAAGAGAGCCAUCAACAAGCUCUACGCCUCGAAAGCCCAGAUGAACUCUGUGCUGCUCAGUAUGAAGAACCAGUUGUCUGUAUUAAGAGUGGCUGGUGCCUUGCAGAAGAGCACAGAGGUCAUGAAAGCCAUGCAGAGCUUGGUUAAAAUCCCAGAGAUUCAAGCCACCAUGAGAGAUCUCUCAAAAGAAAUGAUGAAGGCUGGCAUCAUAGAGGAGAUGCUGGAGGAUACGCUGGAAGGGAUGGAUGAUGAGGAGGAAAUGGAGGAAGCAGCAGAGGCCGAGGUCGACAAGAUCCUCUUCGAGAUUACAGCCGGUGCACUUGGAAAAGCUCCCAGCAAAGUCACAGACCUGCCUGAUCCAGUGGCGAUUGGAGCCACUGCAGCUCCAGAAGAGGAAUCGGAGGAAGAAGAAGAGAUCGAGGAGAUGCAGUCCAGACUAGCAGCGCUGAGAAGCUAAAACACACAUCUUUCUUACCCUCGAGCUCCAUAUAGGCAUAGACUACAUAUCUCACCUCCUAUGUAGCUUUUUUACUCAUAUCACAGUCAGCACAUUAAUAUAGAACUUCAAACAAAAUGAACAAAGUAGAAAUAGAAUAGAAUGAGAUCAUUAUAUUAUAUUAUAUUAUAUUAUAUUAUAUUAUAUUAUAUAUUGUAUUAUAUUAUCAAUUGAACAGCGAAGUCGGAUAUAUUUAUUAAACUUAUAUAUAGCCUGUUUGAAAUCAUUCACUUUUUACUUAUGCCAAUUUUAUUUUUUAGCUCUUUUGACUCCUUUGAAACUAUGCCUAUAGUUCAGCAGCUUAUCCAAGGAUCCUCUGUUGUGCAGUGGUGUCUUAUCGGUGUCGGUCUUGGUCAUUUUUGUCUCUGUUGUCGAAUUUGCAGUUUUUAUCUCAAGCCUUAACUAGGCUAAGUGAAUAGUUCCUUCCUAAAUCCGGUAAAUGGGGUUUUACUGAGUAGGACAAUUUCAUGAAAGCCAUCACUUGUAAAUCUUGUACAAAUACCGAAUAUAUAAAUAUCUCUGUUUGCAUUGUUAUUUUGUAAGUAAAGUAGACGGAAAAGUAUACGAAAGCAAAACAGGCGUUGAAUUAAAGAACGGUUGUGCUUGA